AUAGUAUCCGAGGGAGAGAGACAGUCACUUCCGUCCUUCUCCAUCUCUCUAAAAAGCUUUCUCUCUCUAAAAAGCUUUCUCUCUAAAAGUCUGUUAGCCAUUAAAAGCACAUCUUUUUUUCAACUCCGCAACUUUAUCGCUGAACUCUGUGACUCUUUCUCUGAAACCAAAAGCAUUUUAAUAUAUUUAGUUAUUCGUUUAUUUUUCGACUGUGUUCUGCUAUGAUUCGCUGAUCUUUAUUCUGAGAUCCAAGCCCUAGUGUUUGAAUCACUCAAAUUUCUGAUCGGUGUUUCCUCAACAAUGAAGUCCAGUUCUCGUCUCGACUCUGCUAUUUUUCAGCUCACUCCUACUCGAACCAGGUGUGAUUUGAUUAUCUCUGCAAAUGGGAAAACGGUGAAAAUUGCUUCAGGUUUACUGAAUCCUUUUCUUGCCCACCUGAAGACUGCUCAAGAUCAGAUUGCCAAGGGGGGUUAUUCAAUUUUGCUUGAACCUGAACCUGGAAAUGACAGAACAUGGUUCACCAAGGGUACGGUGGAAAGGUUUGUUCGUUUUGUUAGCACUCCAGAGAUUUUGGAACGAGUGUACACCAUAGAAUCUGAGAUACUACAAAUUGAGGAAGCAAUUGUCAUUCAGCGCAACAACGAUAUGGGUCUGAGCACCGUAGAAGACAAACAUGCAAAACCUGUGGGAAGCAGCGAAGGCGACAAAACCGUGACUGAUGCUAAUGAGGAAAGAGCAAUUGUUCUUUACAAGCCUGAUUCGCAUCCACCUGAGGCAAAUGGUUCCAUCGCACAGGAAGGAAAUUCAAAGUAUAUUUUAGUGCUACGAGUCCAACUUUUGAAAGUCCUAGAGACACGGAAAAGUGUACUGCAGAAAGAACAAGGCAUGGCCUUUGCACGUGCAGUAGCUGCUGGUUUUGACAUUGAUCACAUGGCACCACUGGUGUCAUUUGCUGAAUGCUUUGGAGCCUCGCGUUUAAUGGAUGCAUGCUCGAGGUUCGUAGAUCUGUGGAAGGGAAAGCAUGAGACUGGACAGUGGCUUGAAAUUGAAGCAGCAGAAGCAAUGUCCAACAGAUCAGACUUCUCUGCCAUUAAUGCAUCAGGCAUUAUGCUUUCUAGCAUGGCCAACAAACAGAAUGAAUCACAUGGUGACUUGGCUUCAGAGGACAAUGGACAAGCAGCCAUUGAUGCAAGUGCAGAAGAAACGCGUCCCAUGGAUCACCAAGUUCCAGUAGGCCAACAAGGAUAUUUUCAAGGUCCGUUUCCGCAUCCUAUGUUUCCUCCCUGGCCUGUACAAUCCCCACCUGGUGCGCUGCCAGUCUUCCAACCAUAUCCUGUGCAAGGAAUGCCCUACUAUCAGAGUUAUCCAGGAAAUGGCCCAUUUUAUCAGCCACCUUAUCCACCAAUGGAGGAUUCUCGAUUCAAUGUUGGUUAUGGAGCAGGACAGAAAAAACACACCAUGGAUAGUAGAGACAGCAAUGUUGAAUCAGAAGCAUGGGAGAUGGAUGCCACCAAAACAAGGUCACAUGGUGAUUCGGAGUUGGAGAGCGAAGCUUCACAAAGCUGGGGACCACAAAAGAAGGCCGGAAGAUCAGGUAAAAAGAAAUCAGGCAUGGUUGUUAUUCGGAACAUCAAUUACAUCACUUCAAAAGGGAAGAAUUCUUCAGGCAAUGAAUCCCAAUCAGCUUCUGACUCUGAAACUGACAAGGAAGCUGGAGAUUUUCAGGUCAGUGCUCCAGAUAGGAUGCACAAGAACUCUUUGUCCUCAAAAAGAAAAGGAGGUCAUGAAUCAAAUUUAUCUGAUAAGGAAGAAAUUAUUUAUGAGAAGGAAACAAAUGGAGGACACUGGCAAGCAUUUGAAAACUUUUUACUGAGAGACAAUGAUGAACAUAAUCAUGCCGCUGAUCAAGGCAUGUUUGCAUUGGAAAAAAAUGUUAAAAACAAGAGACGACAGAACACAGUUGGUGAUGAUCCUUUAGCUGUUGUUGGGAGAGAUUCAGUUGAAGCACAAGACGGGAGGAUAACUGAAUUCCAUAAAGCUAGUGGAAACAUGGCUCGGAUGUUGAGGGCAUCAAAUGAUGAAGGUUUAAUUUCUAGAGGAGAGGGUCAUUAUGGAGAUGGUAUAGGAUCAACUGAUGACCAAAUGGAUAUACAAUUUACAGAAACAAAUAGAAGAAAGGUUUUGUAUAGGAACAAUGCAAAUGAUGAUUUUAUGAUUGUUGGACGAGAAAACCAAUCACAUUUUUUGAGUUCAUCAGAUCCGCUGGUUGUAAAUGGAUUCACGCAUGCCACCAAUAAUUUGGAUGGGAGUUCACCACAAGAUAUGAUUGAUGAAUCCUUCAUAGUUCCAUUCCGGUCAAUGUCACUAGAUCAUGUUGGAACUAACGAUAGAACUGCUAUUGACAUGGAUUUUGAGCUUCCUUCAACAAUGCAGAGGUCAGAAUAUAGUUCUAAUAGGACUGGAAACCAAAUUAGCUAUGAGCCAGAUGAUUUGAGCUUCAUGCCUGAACGCGGGACAGAAAAAAUGACUACUGGAUAUGACCCUGCUUUGGACUAUGAAAUGCAGGCUCAUGUUGAAGAUGCUGCUUCACUGGAUAACAGAAAUAAAGAAGUUGUAGUAGAUGUCAAGCAAGGGUCCAAGAAGUCAGGCAAGGAUCGGAAGUCAAAAUUUGCUCCAGAUGCUUUAGAUAAGAAGACUGUGGGACCAAUAAGAAAAGGGAAAACUUCAAAAAUGAGUCCUUUAGAUGAUGCACGAGCUCGUGCUGAAAAACUAAGAGCUUUCAAAGCUGAUCUCCAGAAAAUGAAGAAAGAGAAGGAAGAGGAAGAUCGCAAACGACUGGAAGCUUUGAAGAUGGAGAGGGAAAAGAGAAUUGCAGCAAAAGGCAAUUCGACUGUUCAGUUGGCAUCCUCACAGAAAACCCGAAAACAAUUGCCAACAAAACUUGCGCUAAGCUCUGUCAAAGGAACAAAGUUCAGUGAUUCAGAGCCAGGAUCAUCAUCUCCUCUACAGAGAUCUAAGAUAAGAACUGCUUCAACUGGAUCCAGUGAACCUCAUAAAGCCUCUAAAAGCAACAAAUCAAGUAAUGGAAGCCACUUACCAGGGAAUAGGUUGACUAGAUCAGUUUCAUCAUUGCCAGAGCCAAGGAAAGAGAACAGUGAUAUCACUCCUGAUCCAAAGGUUCCCAUGGCGCGAAUCCGAAGACUAUCUGAGCCUAAACAAGUUAGCAGCCCUUAUGUUGCUCUAGUGAAGUCACGAGGUGCUGAAUUAGUAUCAAAGCUUUCAAAUGAACCUGAGAGGAAAGACAUAUCUGAUAUUAUAAACCUUGAUAAAAGCAAGGCUGCAACACUUCCUGAACUUAAGAUCAGAACAUCUAAAGGGCCUUUGGAUGUAGGCCGGAACACAUCAGCACCCAAAGAGAUGACACAGAAAGUGAACGUGAAGAAAUCUUCUCUAACUUCCGGAAGUGCUGAAUUAAAUAGGAACAACGACCAUCACGCACAUCAAAGUGAUGUGGAUGACAAACCAGUAAUUGAUAAGACAGUUGUGAUGCUUGAGUGUGAGAAGCCCUCUUUUCCUAUUGUACAUCCAUCACAAGAAAAUAUGGGUGUACAAAAGGAGCGUUAUGACAAUCAUGACAAUUUAGAGAAAACUGACGUGAUGUCAGAGUACGCAGCUAUUCGUGCACCAGCUUCACCCAUGGAAGGAGUUGAUAUAGAACCCAUUCAAAGCCAAUUACAAGAGCAACCCAGGGUUUACGAGGUUACGACAAGUUAUGCAGAGAAUGAACCACCAAACUCUUCAAGCAUGUAUUCUGCUGAAAAACCUUACCAAGCCCCUUUGGCUCGGCUCUCUUCUUUAGAAGACCCAUGUACUGACAAUUCAGUGUAUGGCAAAGCACCUUCAACAAACUUAGAGACAGCGACAAUGGGUGUGGAAACUGCUAAAGCACAAGUAUCUGGUUUUGAGAAUCUGAAAUUAGAAAAGAUUCCGGAAGUCCUGGAGAAGCCUCAGGUGAAGGUAUCACCAAAAGGGUUUAGACGGCUCUUGAAGUUUGGAAAGAAGAGCCAUAGUUCAACUGCAGGUGAGCACAGUGUUGAAUCAGAUAAUGUGAGUGUUAGUGGCUCUGAGGUAGAUGGCAAAGCAACAAAUGCAGCUUCUUCUAGUGAAGUUCAUACAUUGAAGAAUCUAAUCUCUCAAGAUGAAACCCCAACUUCUGGAGCUACUUCCCAAAAAUCUUCCCGCCACUUCUCUAUUUUGUCGCCCUUCCGUAGCAAGACCAGUGAAAAGAAGUCAACAACAUGACAAGGCGGACAUUUAGGUGAGGUUGCUGAUUUAUUUUCUUCAGUCCUUUGUGGGUAUGAGAAGUGAGAAAUGUCGUGUGUAUCAAUUUGCAUGGACAAAAUUGUGUUUAUUGGUUUGUAAAAAUAGGUCACUGUACAUUCAAAUCCACUUUUCCUUUGCCAAAAUAGUUUUAUACUGCCUUGAAUCUUGCCUCAUAGUUAA